AUGCCUCUUCCACCCUCUUUGCAGCGUCAGUACCUGCUGACGGUGGAGUAUUUUGGGAGUUCUUUUACUAGCGGGUGGCAAAAGCAGCCUCUGCGGAAUAAUCCCGACCUCUCAAAACUCUCUCCUCCUCCAUUUCCUCUGCAGCGUCGGUACCUGCUGACAGUGGAGUAUAUCGGGAGUGCUUUUAGCGGGUGGCAGAAGCAGCCGCUGGGAAACAACCCGCUGCCGUCAGUGCAAGGGGCUCUCGAGGAGGCAAUAGGGAAGCUGGUGGGGUCUGUUCCUGCAGGCAGACAGAAGAGGCAGCGAGGAAAAAGCAACAGGAGACCGCAGUCUGAAGCACAGGGGCGUGCAGGCAAGGAGGAUGCAAAAGCAGAUGCAAAGGCAGACAUUGAUGCGAAUCGACUCGGAGCAUCCCGUGCGUCGGAUUGCUGUGAUGUUGCGGAGGCAGCAGCAGCAUCCCGAGGUGACACUGUGGAGGCUCCGCCACCGCCACUCCCUCUGCCUCAAGUCGUCGGCUCCAGCAGAACAGAUGCGGGAGUGCACGCAUUGGGCAACACGUGCCACGUGGACAUUCACCGAGUGAGCCGCCGCUAUCCAGGCAAGCAGGUGCCACCCUGGGUACCAAAGGAGCUCACACGGGCAAUCAACCAUUUCCUGCAGCUGUCAGCAGCAGAGGCAUCAGUGGUGGCGGCGAAGGAGGUGCCUCUGUCCUUCCACGCCCGAUUCCAGGCCUCUGAGCGAACCUACCUGUACCGCAUACACGCGUCUCCGUCCUUCCAUCCCUCCAUCUUCGAUCGCAACCGCGUGUGGCACGUACCCGCCCAUCUGGACGUGCAUGCCAUGCGCGCUGCAGCAGCUGCUCUCUGCGGCUUCCACGACUUUUCCUCCUUCAGGGCAUCAGGCUGCCAGGCGCGCUCUCCUCUGCGCUCGCUCACAGAGCUCUCCAUCUUUGAGGUGCCUUCCUGGUCCGCGUGCCUGCCACCCCCCUCCCACCCCUCCUGCAACACCUGGGAAGGGCCUGAGAGAGAGAGGAGCGAGAGCAGGGAGAGGAGGGAGAUGACCGUUGGUGAUGCCGCUCAGGAGACUGCUGAUGCCGCUGCUUGUGAUUCGGUUGCGUGCGGGGAGAAACGAGGCAGAGAAGGGGAGGGAAUGGGAGGCGGCGGGAGGAUAGAGGGGGCGAGUGGCAAGAGGCGGCGUGGGGAAGAGAGAGGAGAGGAGGGGCGAGGAGAAGUGGAGGAUAGGGAGGGGAGAGAUGAGAGAGAAGGAGGAGAGGGACGAGCAGAGAGAGAAGGGAAGAGUGAGAAAGAGGAGAGGAAAGGAGAGGAAGGGAAGGAAGGGGAGGGAGGGGACGAAGGGGAGGAAGGGAAGGAAGGAAAGGGAAGGGAGGAAAGGGAGGAAGGAGAGGGAGGGGUGGAGGGAGAGGAUAAAGGGGAAGGGGUGCAGAUGCUGGUGGUGCGGGCGAGGGCCCCCUCGUUCCUGUACCAUCAGGUGCGGCUGCUGGUGGGGCUGCUCAAGGCUGUUGGCGCGGGGGCCGUGCACCCUGACACAGGUGCGGCUGCUGGUGGGGCUGCUCAAGGCCGUGGGAGCAGGGGCAGUGCAUGCCGACACAGGGACAUCCGGGGAGUGCCGGCCAUGGCGCCUGCGUGUGGCCUCUACCUUGCCAGUGUUGCCUACGGCCCCAAGAGUCCCAAACAAGCCUCCUUGCAGGAAUGA